GCUGUGGUUACAAUAUUUCCCACAGCGCGUGAAUGUAGCAAAAAGCUCUCUGUGACGGAGCAGAGACAAGCGGCAGGGAGCUGCAAGCAUCGUCUCAUACCGUCGUAAGACAGAAAGGUGUGAAAAUAUUGGUCCUCUCGACAGCCUAGUACACGGAGACGGCAGUGUUUUGAUAAUGCUGUCACACUCUGAAAAUCUCCGUAUCAGCGGAGAUAUGGAGACGCUCGGAAGGAUAGCAGCAACACCGGACGCCCUGGACUUCACGGUGGAAAACGUAGAGAAGGCCCUUCACCAGUUGUACUACGAUCCCAAUAUAGAAAACAAGAAUCUGGCCCAGAAAUGGCUUAUGCAGGCUCAGGUCUCGCCUCAGGCCUGGCAGUUCUGCUGGGCCCUACUAAGCCCAGAUAAGGUGCCAGAGAUCCAGUACUUUGGUGCCAGCGCGCUUCACACCAAGAUCUCUCGCUACUGGUCAGACAUCCCCUCAGACCAGUAUGAGUCUCUAAAGACCCAGCUGUUCUCCCAGAUUGCCUGCUUCUCCUCCGGCUCCAAGAUGGUGCUUACCCGGCUAUGUGUGGCCCUGGCUUCUCUGGCACUCAACACAAUGCCUGAGGCCUGGCCUGGUGCAGUGGCAGAGAUGGUGCGGGUGUUUCAGGAGGAGGGGGGAGGGGUGGACGGGCGGGCACGCUGCCUGGCAUUGCUGGAGCUGCUCACUGUCCUGCCGGAGGAGUUCCAGACCAGCCGCCUGCCACAGUAUAGAAAGGGACAGGUUCGCGGCGCCCUGGGCCGUGAGUGGGGGUCAGUGUGUCCCUUACUGCAGCAACUACUGAGAAGGACAGAUAGCCCCGGGGCAGUUAAAGCUCGCGUGCUGCGCUGCCUGUCAUCCUGGGUGCUGCUCGAUGUGCCCCUCAACGAGAGUGAAGGCCUGGUGCAAGACUGCUUCAGUGCCCUGCAUGAUCCAGAGCUCUUUGACACAGCGGUAGAGGCAAUCGUCAACGCCAUCUCACAGCCCGACUCCCAAAGAUAUGUGAACACUUUGCUAAAACUGGUUCCUCAAGUGCUGGCCCUCCAGGACCAGCUCAGAGAGGCGGUUCAGAAUGGAGACAUGGAGACCUGCCAUGGUAUCUGCCGUAUUGCCGUUACACUGGGAGAAAACCACUCCAGGACUCUGUUGGAGCAGGUGGAUCACUGGCAGAGCUUCCUGGCUUUAGUCAACAUGAUCAUGUUUUGUACAGGCAUCCCUGGCCACUACCCAGUCAAUGAGACCACCAGUUCGCUCACACUCACCUUCUGGUAUACACUACAAGAUGAAAUAAUGUCAUUUGAGUCGGAUAAGCAGGCAGUGUAUCUGCAGGUCUACAGGCCAGUAUAUUUCCAGUUGGUGGAUGUUCUUCUACACAAAGCCCAGUUCCCCUCUGACCAGGAAUAUGCAUCCUGGUCCUCUGAUGAGAAAGAGCAAUUCAGGAUUUACAGGGUGGAUAUCUCAGACACACUCAUGUACGUGUAUGAGAUGCUGGGAGCAGAGCUGCUGAGUAACCUGUAUGAUAAAUUAGGGAGACUGUUGACUAACGCAGAGCAGCCCACAUCAUGGCAGCACACAGAAGCCUUACUGUACGGCUUCCAGUCCAUAGCAGAGACGAUAGAUGUGAAUUACUCUGACGUCAUCCCAGGCCUGAUAGGACUCAUCCCCAGAAUCAACAUCAACAACGUCCAACUAGCAGACACAGUGAUGUUCACUAUAGGUGCUUUGGCUGAAUGGUUGGCAGACCACCCAGUGAUGCUCAGCAGUGUCUUGCCCUUGGUGCUACAGGCUUUGGGGAACCCAGACCUUUCUGUUUCUUCUGUGUCUACACUCAAGAAAAUUUGUAGGGAGUGCAAAUAUGACCUGCCACCCUACGCAACCAACAUAGUAGCUGUCUCUCAGGAGGUGCUUAUAAAACAGAUACACAAGACAAGUCAGUGUAUGUGGCUGAUGCAGGCUCUCGGCUUCCUGCUCUCAGCUCUCCCUGUGGAAGAGAUCUUAAGAAACCUUCACUCUCUCAUCACCCCCUACAUUCAGCAACUGGAGAAGUUAGCGGAUGAGACGCCCAAUCCCUCCAAUAAAUUAGCAAUCAUCCACAUCUUGGGGCUGCUGUCCAACCUCUUCACUACACUUGAUAUCAGCAAGCAGGACGAUGAGUCAGCAGACAGCUCAGCACCACCGGUCAAAACCGCCCCACCUUCGCCGGGACCAAACCCAGUGGUGGUGGUUUUGCAACAAGUGUUUGCUCUCAUACAGACUGUACUGAGUAAGUGGCUCAAUGACUCACAGGUUGUAGAGGCGGUGUGCGCUAUCUUUGAGAAGUCAGUGAAGACUCUGCUCCAUGACUUUGCUCCCAUGGUGUCUCAGCUCAGUGAGAUGCUUGGACAGAUGUACAGUACAAUUCCCCAGGCCUCAGCCCUCGACCUCACACGACAGAUGGUGCAUAUCUUUGCCAGUGAGACAGACCACUUCCCACCCAUCAAGGCUCUGUUUGAGCUAGUUACCUCGGUAACGCUGUCCAUCUUUCAGCAAGGACCCAGGGAUCAUCCUGAUAUUGUUGAUUCAUUUAUGCAACUCCAAGCUCAGGCCCUCAAACGGAAGCCCGAUUUGUUCUUGUCUGAGAGUCUUGACGUUAAAGCAGUGUUCCACUGUGGAGUUCUGUCCCUCAAGUUUCCUGAGGCUCCAACAGUCAAGUCAACGUGCUUGUUCUUUACUGAACUGUUACCCCGCUGCUCAGAUGUACCUCCUGUGGCCAGAGUGGUGCAGGAAGACGGAAAACUGUUGAUCCAGGCCGUGCUGGAGGGCAUCGGGGGCGGGGCAUCUCGAUGCCUGAUGGACCAGUUUGCAGAAGUGCUUUUCUCUCUGAACAAGCACUGUUUUUCUCUUCUCGCUGUGUGGUUGAAGGAGGCACUGCAGCCUCCUGGGUACCCAUCAUCGCGUGUCACAACUGAACAGAAAGACAACUUCUCACAUCAGAUACUCAGAGAACGAGUGAACAAGAGGAGGGUUAAGGACAUAGUGAAGGAGUUCACACUACUGUGCAGAGGGCUCCAUGGUACAGAGUACGCUGCUGAAUACUGAAACUCUACCCUUGAACUCUCACCCAACCGGACCUUUGCCCUCAGCACCAAACAGCUGGAUGCCACAACGAAACAGUUCUCACAAAAGCCAUCAGCAAAGAGAUCAUGAAAUGAUUGUAAUAAUAAACCCGCCUCCGCCCCCAACCCCGCCCAGCAGGACAAGACAUGGAACCAUUCCAGCACAGACCUGCCAUCAGAUUAAUGGACAAACAUUAAAUCCCUGGUGGCUUGAAAGGAGGCUGUCCUCUCUGCUCUUAUUAUUUUUUCCGUUUUAAGAUUGAUUGUUCCUCUUAUUUCUUUGGAAGAGCUUUGAGCAGCCCUCCCAGCAUGAUGUCUCUUGCCUCCUUCGAUCUCUGUCGUGUUCUGCCUUUCUAGAUCUUCCUGUGGUUCCUAGGUUGUUUCCUGGUGAUUAGCAUCCAUAUGAAAUGGUAGUGGUAUCGUACGUAGCUACUUGACAUUAUUUUUCAAAAAUUAAAUCAAAUGAAUUAUAUAAAUGUAUACGUAUACACAUAUGGAAAGUUAGUGGUUGUCAGUCCUGCUGCUGCUAAUGGGAAAAGAGAAGGACCAAUGUCAGGAGAGGAUUCUGCAGGGAGAAUGACAUUAAUACAAUAAUAAUUACUCACAACCAUGCCCCUGAUCUCUGCAUUUGCCAAAUGAUCUUGAAAUGUUGUUGUUAAAUAUGCCUUUUGGGGGCUGUAAGAGCAGAAAGAGACGAAAACCACAUGACUGGACUAUCAACUGUCUGCUCUCUUGCCAAGCCCUCCACGUACAGGGCUGUACCUCAUGUACAUAAACUCCCACCCAGUCACACUGCAGUCUCCUCGGAUUGUAGAGAGUGGCAUUUAUGCAUUGGUCCCUUAGGUAAAGCAGGACUGGGAACAGUGACGGCAAGAGGGGGGAAAGGAAUUAUAGUAGCUGGCAGUAAAAAAGAGACACAAGCUGGGAACUGAGAAAGGAACUGAGUUUUUGGAGGGAUGAAUAAUCCUGACGAAGGACUGCUUAGUCUCUGUAAUCGUGCAAAAAUAUUAAUCAAGUUGUGCAUAUUAACAGUUAUUGCUGAACACUUCUGUGUAUUUGAGUGUAUGCGUGUGUUCAUACCUGUAUGUAUGAGAGGUUGUGUGUGUGCACAGAUGUAUCUUUUUUUCCACUUGUUCAGUGCACUUAUAUCGGACCUACAGUACACACCCAUACCUUUUUUCCUAGCUUUUAAACAUAGAGCUCAACCAUUUCUUCACACCGCACUCAUUCAGGCUUCUCUUUUCUUUAAAAAACUGAUUAGGCACAUCCAGAAUUUCACCUCGGCUGCUCACCAGCAAUCACACCCAUCAAUUAAACCUCCUUAUCAUCUGGAAUGACCAGCCUGGGAUAAUCAUUGACCAGACUCAUCUAUCUAUCAUCUAUCAUUGACACCGACUAUUACUCUUAAUGAAAUGCUAGUGCCACUCAAUCAUUUCAUCUAUCUGGGUCCCAGCCUUGAAGAUGAUCAAGAAGGAUUAGAGCGUUCGUUAACAAAACAUAACGUCUCUGAGAAAGUUAUUAUGCAUUUGCAGCAAGAGUUAACACGGACAUUCUGUGCUCAUCCAUUACGCCAGAGACAUUAUUGGUGAAGUGAUGUGACGGCUGUAAAAUACACUGUCUAGUGAAUCAGCAGGAUCAGCAUCAAAGUGUACUUUGUGGUCUGAUCAAUUUUAUCUCAGUCUAAUCCUUCUGUCUAAUCCGAGGUGCCUGCAGACAUGUAGCAUGUAUGUGUUUUGUGGGGGGUUCAGGGGUUCAGGGGACAAACAUGUACAGUGUGAGACACUGCAAAAAGACCAGAUUUAGACUGAGGCAGCAAUCGGCCCUGGAGCGAGCUGUCAUGCCUCAUAGUCUAAUAUGAACAGAGAAGGAUUGGAUGAUCCACGGUCUGUAUUGUGGUCUCAUUCUUAAGGGGG